ACCCAUUUAACUCACUACACAACACUUCACAAAACCUCACUCUAAUUUUCUUUGUACUUCGUUACCUAAAAACCUCACUCCAUUUUUCUUCUUCAUCCAUCACCUUCAUUUCUUCCAAGUCCCAUUAGUCAACUACUUCCACAAGAAAAUGAUGAAUCUUUGUAUUUUAGGUUUUGAAAUGAAGUAGCAAAAGAGAAAUUAAAGGUUUUGAUCGAUUUUCUUUGAGGUGAAAAAAUGUGGAAUUUGUAACAAAAAGGGAAUUUUUUGCCAGUGAAAGUUGAUUUUGUGUCAGCUUGAUUAUAAAGGAAAAUGAUGAAACUUUCACUUUUAGGUUUUGAAGUGAAGUAGGAAAAGAAAAAUUAAAGGUUUUGAUAGCUUUUGUUCGAGGUGAAAAAGAGUGGAUUUAUUAACAUAAAGGGGAAAUUUCAGCUAGUGAAAGUUGUUUUGUGUGAAUUUUAUAAUGGAAGAAGGGUUAGGUCACAACUCAGUUCCUCCUCCUGGUUCCAUCGACAAGUCUAAGAUUCUGGAUAUUAAGCCUAUAAGAAGUUUGAUACCCGUUUUUUCAAUGAAUCCUCAAGCUCCACCUUCAGGACAGUAUCCUUCUGGGUUUUCUCCAUUUUUCCCAUUUGGUGGACCUCAUGACUCUUCAACCACUGGGGCGAAACGUAGAGCGAUGCCGACUCCACUUCGAGCAUUUAGGAGUCCUCUAGGAGAGGACGAGGAUUACAAUGACAAUGAUGAUUUUAGUAACACAAGAAAUGCAGCAUCGCGUUCGAGCCGGGUCAAACCGAAGAAGACCAAGAUAUAUAGUGAUUUUCAUGUUGAUUUGAGUGGUUUAGUUGGUAUAAACCCGGCACACAAAGACGACGGUAACCGUGAAGUGGUUAAUAUUGUACUCAUGACAUUUGAUGCACUAAGAAGAAGGCUAACCCAACUUGUAGAUGCCAAGGAAUUGAGCACGGGUUUGGUCAAGCGUGCGGAUUUAAAAGUUGGCAAUAUUUGUAUGACCAAAGGAAUUCGAACAAACGUGACGAAGAGGGUCGGAGCAGUGCCUGGAGUUGAGAUUGGGGACAUUUUCUUUUUCCGAAUGGAAUUGUGUGUUGUUGGUUUGCAUGCUCAGUCCAUGGGGGGAAUUGAUGCCUUGCAUAUCACGGGUGUCCGCGAGGAAGAAACUUUGGCUGUAAGCAUUGUUUCUUCGGGAGAAUAUGAUGAUGAAGCUGAGGAUGGUGAUGUUAUAAUUUAUACCGGUCAGGGUGGGAAUUUCAACAAGAAAGAUAAGCAUGUGUCAGAUCAGAAGCUUCAUAGGGGUAAUCUUGCUUUGGAUAGAAGUUCGCGAACACACAAUGAAAUAAGAGUCAUCCGAGGCAUCAAAGAUGCUGUGAAUCCGAACUCAAAAAUCUACGUCUAUGAUGGUCUAUAUAAAAUUCAAGAUUCAUGGGUUGAAAAAGCCAAAGGCGGUGGUAGCUUGCUUAAGUAUAAGUUGAUAAGAGUGCCUGGACAGCCUAGUGCCUUUGCUGUUUGGAACUCGGUUCAGAAGUGGAAAUCCGGCGUCCCUGCAAGGACUGGACUUAUUCUUGCAGACCUCUCCUCAGGAGCCGAGAGUAUUCCUGUAUCGCUUGUCAAUGAGGUCGAUAAUGUGAAGUCACCUGCCUUUUUCACAUAUUUUCACUCUCUUCGACAUCCAAAAUCAUUCAGUUUAAUGCAGCCUUCACAUGGUUGCAGCUGUAAUGCUAAAAAAGCAUGUACCCCUGGUGAUUUGGAUUGCUCUUGCAUUAGGAGAAAUGAAGGUGAUUUUCCAUAUAUUUCCAACAGCGUUCUGGUGAGUCGUAAGCCGUUGGUUCAUGAAUGUGGCCCUACAUGUCAAUGUUUUCCUAACUGCAAAAAUCGAGUAUCCCAAACCGGUUUAAAGCUCCAAAUGGAAGUGUUCAAAACAAGCAAUAAAGGUUGGGGUCUUCGAUCAUGGGAUCCUAUUCGUGCUGGUGCUUUUAUUUGCGAGUAUGCAGGAGAAGUUAUCGAUAAAGAUAGGUUAAGUCAGCUUGUAAAAGAAGGAGAUACUGACGAGUAUGUUUUUGAUACAACUCGUAUUUAUGAAUCUUUCAAGUGGAAUUAUGAGCCUAAGAUACUGGAAGAAGUGAGCACAAAUGAGUCUAGCGAGGAUUAUGCUCUGCCACAUCCUCUUAUUAUAAAUGCUAAGAAUGUUGGAAAUGUGGCUAGAUUCAUGAAUCAUAGUUGCUCACCAAAUGUUUUCUGGCAGCCUGUCAUGUAUGAAGAGAACAACCAAUCCUUUCUCCAUGUUGCUUUUUUUGCAUUGAGACAUAUUCCCCCAAUGCAAGAGUUAACAUAUGACUAUGGAUCUGAACGAUCUGAUAAUGCUGAGGGUAGCAGUGCAAACAAAGGAAGAAAGAAAUGCUUAUGUGGAUCACCAAAAUGCCGCGGUUCCUUUACUUAAUAUUUUGUCACAGUCUCCCGCAGACUGAUAUGAUGCUGGCUAAUGCAUUUAUGGCUAAACAGAUGGAUGAUAGCAUUUUGUGUCAAGAGGAAGAUCCAGUGUAGAAGUAUCUUUAGUUGAUGUAACCUUCCAAAUAUCCUUGACAAGGGUUGGUAGGUUUGUGUUUAAACCAUAAAUAAAUAAAUCAUGUGUGAUCGGCCUCUUUUUUAGCUCCAACUUUAUCACAAUUAAUCAUUGAAUCUGUAUAAUUUGUGUGAAUUUUGAGCUGAUAAGGGCCAUGAAUACACUCACUAGAAAGUACAUAACUAGUGAUAUGAUGUUUGUCUCCGACUUUGUUCUCUUGACAUGGAUUUGUUGUGCAUUAAUUAUUGCAUGGAGGCUAGUUUCAUUUUUAUCAUUAGUUUUUUACAUCUGGGAUUGUAGAAGUCAAGUUGUGAAACCUUGGCAUAAAUCAUGUUUUAUGCUAAUUGUAUUGGUUUAGUCUCA